CGCAAUGCAGGCGUGCCUGUAUAUUACGAGUUAAAAGUGAGUGCGGCCGAGAUAUUUCUGGAAAAUACAUAGCUCAACAACUAGGAAACAAUUAAAUCAAAAUGGAUAAUUCAAGCAGUGAAGAUAGUUCUUCGUCAGAUUACAGUACAGAAAGUUCGGAAGAUGAUGGAAUGGAAAUAGCUCAAAUAGGAAAUAUCAAACUACAAUUACCACAGGGAUUAUGUGAAAGACAAGAUAUAUUUAAGGAAAUAUUGUCAACAGAAACCUGGAAUUCGUUAUCGGAAGAAAAUAGGCAGCACCUUCAGACCUUUUUACCGAACUUUCCUGUUGAUGAUGAACUAGAAAAAACGAAAACUUUACAGAGGUUAUUUGAUUUUGAAGUAUUCAAAUUUACUAGUCCAUUAGUUAAAUUUCACGAUGACUUAAAAGCUGGAUACUUCAGACCAGAUAUAGCUCAUAUGCGGAAGAUUAUCAAAAAGGCCGAAAAGAAAGAAGCAAAAUAUAGGUAUAAAGUGUUUAGGAAGCAGCUGAAAAAUGAUGUACUAGAAUCUCAUAGUAAACUUCUCUCUCAAAUAAGAAAUUUGCCUCCUGGGAUGGACCCGAAACAAGAAAAGAAGAAAACGAAUGUAGAUUAUGUUUCGUAUAGAACCAAGAGGCGAUAUUUUCAAAUUUUGCAAUCGAUAAAAUUAAAAACUGAUGACACUGGGUGUUCUUCAGACGAGAACUACCCAGAAGGACCACCGUCUUCAUUGUCUCGAAAACAAAAACGGCAUCUUAAUAGUAUUAGGAAUAGUAUAAAUAAUUCCAAAGAACAAUAUUAUAGUUCGACAAUGUUAACAAAGUUAAAUAGUUUUCCAGUAGAUUUAGAAAGGUACAUCACACCGAAUUUCAAUCCGUUUUAUAUAAAUGAUGAUUCAUACAAAAAUAUGAUCUCUCAACAUAAAAAAAGGAAGUUGGAACAAGCGAAUGAUCCAGAAUUAAAUACAAAAGGAAUUACACUCACAGAUGUUAUAAAUAGAACGCAACUGCCUUACAAUAAAAAUAUGACAGUGAUUACAAAACACCAAGUAGAAAAUAAACUAAUUAGUAAAAAGAAAAUCAAAAGAGAGUUCCGAAAAUCCUCAGAGCAUAUGUUUAGUAAUAGUAAUAAGAUUAAAACACACUACGACCAUAGUUCAAAUUCAGAUUCUGACUCGGAUUCGUUGAUAGACGCUAUGUCCAGUUCCUCGUCGAAACCAAGAAGUAAAAGUAAAUUGAGUGCAUCUAGAAGAACACCUACACCUAAACUUAAAGUCGAAAUAAACAAGGAAUCCUAUAGUCCUACAGUACCAGCAACUUCAACCUUCACUAAUGUACCAACUACGUCUAGUUCAAAUGUGUUUCAGCAGCCUGUUAACAGUAUUACUCAAUAUGGUAAAAUUACCCCAGCAUGUGUGGAAGAUCUAGACGGUAUCGAUGUAAUGAACAUCCCUAUCGAUUUAGAUAACUCCGAUAUUGACAUAUUAGAGUUAAGUAACAAACCAGAACUGAUGCAAGACACACACGCAAACUUCUUUUCCUUGAUAAGGGACGUGAUAUGCUCAACAUGUGAUCACAGAAUGAAUAUGUAUACACUGCAAGAAAGGCUAAAAGCUUGGCAGGAAAAUCCUAUAAGCCCUCUUAACGACUGGUACAGCUAUACAGACAACUGGAUAGGAAUAUUACCUUCUGCUAUUACAUUUUUAUGCGGUAAUGCCUCCGAACAACCUGAUGAUUUCGUACCUUAUAUGGAGUACAAAGCAAAUCUGGAUGUGUAUCAAUGGAUAGGAGCUGGUAGAGAUUCGGAUCAAUUACUUAGUACAUUGUGCAACUUCUGGCUAGAACAUAAAUCAGAAUCUAAAGAGAUAUCUCCCAUAAAGGAAGAAUUAGACGUUGACAUCACCGACAGGUCUAGUAGUCCACCACCACCAAGGUUUCCUACUAGCUGGAGUGUACGGAAAGCCACUCCUGAAGAAAUUAGGGAUUUCAGAGAACAAGAAAGGCGGAGGUAUGACAAUCCACACAAGGCAUUUACUUACCGUUGCCACAACUACGAAUCUGUGGUGGGUCCUAUCAAAGGCAUUUACAACCCAGCUGUUGGGAACAGCAAAGCCCGAGAACAUACCAUGCUCUCUGCCGAUAGACCGAAUUUCGUUACUAUUUUAUCAUUGGUAAGAGACGCCGCUGCACGAUUACCGAACGGUGAAGGUACGAGGGCUGAAAUUUGUGAACUUCUGAAGUCGUCGCAAUACAUAUCUAGUACGGCUCCUGACAAUGUUUUGCAGUCAGUAGUAUCAGGGGCUUUGGAUAGGAUGCACACCCAAUGGGAUCCUUGUGUUAAAUAUGAUCCGAAGAAGAAAAUUUGGAUAUACUUGCACAGGAAUAGAACUGAAGAAGAUUUUGAAAGGAUUCACCAACAGUAUCAAGGAAUUAACAAAUCUAGUAAAAAAGUACAAAAGAAACCAUCAACGAAGACGAAAGCGAAGCAAAGUCCGGAAAAACCGACCAAAACCUUGAAAACUGAGCCCAGUUCUACAGCUGCACCAGCUCCCUUACAACCGCCGCCCAAACCAGUUCGGAGAGCUAGUGUUACGCAAGUAUCUCCUCAGAAAAUAGCAACUCCUACUACCCAAGUUCAAAACCAUCCACUGCCAAGUUUGAUAACUGUGUCAGCGCCACAGAAAGGAACAAGUUUGUUAUUAAGUAAUAAUCUUCCAAAACCGCAAGUACAAGUACAGGAAACUGUUCUUCAGACCAAACCUGUGAUAUCAGAUGAACCUCCACCUCUUGCUGCUGCUUCAAGCGUCACUUUAAAACCAAAAGACGAAAAAGAUGUGAAUAAAUCAUACCAGGCCAUUAUUCACAAUAGGGUAUCUAGCCCCACAUUGAAAACUGGUAAAGGACUUGUCAAAAUCCUGUCUCCGUCCCAAGGCAAGUCUUUGAUAAUACCAACAUCAAAUGCGCAACUAAUCAAGCAGAUUCAAGAACACCGUACUACCCCUACCAAACAAUUAGGUCAAGUGGUCACUCAACAACUUCUACAAACGCUUACUGCACAACAGAAGCAAAUUUUGGUACAGAAACAAAAUCCCUCUGAUGGCUCAGACAGUCAACAGGAAAAAAUUAAAGUACCGGCAAACAUGCAACAGCAAAUAUUACAUUUACAAAAUAUUAAAAACGUUACUUUGUUAAGAGCUUCGCCUACUGGAAAUGUAGGUCUAAGCCCACUAACUACAGCCUCAGGGGAAUCACCAAUUGACCAAGCUAAUAUCAUGACAGUAGCAGUCCCGAAAUCUGAUCAACUAAUUGGCCAAUCAGGAUUGCAGAUCAAAACGCAAGGUAAUCUUAGUCAAGCUCAACAACAACAAAUUCUACAAACAAUCAAACAGAAGAUAUUACCGAAUGCUAGUCUUCUGGCGAAUCCACAACAAAUUAUAUUGAAACAAAAAAGCGGACUGAUCAAUGUACAGAAAUCGGGAAUAGUACCUGUUACUACUCAAGUUGUAGGACAGCAGAAACUUAAUACUGAUUUAUCAAAACAAUCCAGUUCAUCUCAGGGCCCAGUUGUUGCCAAAGUGUUAACAAAUGCAGCAGGACAUGUGAUAUCAGUGGAAGGUCUACUUCCUCAACAAAAACCAACCAGCAUUUUGGCACAAGGCGCAACUUUGCGAGUUUCUGGAUCAAAAACGGGUCAACAAAACCUCAUACAUCUCACAGGAACCUCGAAAGCGAACGCACUUACUCAGCUAACCGUUGGAUCUCAAAACAACAUUCUCACAUUAACAACUCAGCCGAAAUUCGUGGUGGCUUCUCAAACAACAACAGUCACAUCGUCAACAACAUCGUCAAAGUCAGCUUCUAGGUCGGCAAAUAAGGCCCAAACCUUAACAAAAUUAAACGCAAAGGGAAAUCAACAAUUAAUCAACACCAAAUUAAUACAAGCGCUCGAUGGACAAAAAUCUAAACUCGUUGUUAAUCAACAGAAUCAAAUAAAGAUUUCAACGGGUAAAAACUCUCCUCACUCAAAAUCUCUCACCCUUAACGUUGCGGGAAAUACCAACACCAUAAGGAUGGUGAAUGCAGCUAAUCUCAAUUUGGGACAUUUGGCAGGAAAACCGAUUCUUUUAGCUAGUAGCAAAGGAGGGACUAUACAGAAUAUACAGGGACAAAACGUUAUUCUGCAGACGCAGUCGAAUACAUCAGCGCCAUCUUUGGUUCUACAGAACGCCGUUAAAACUUCCGGAAAUAGCAUGGUACAACAGUCUGCAUCAAAUAAUAUUAAUAUUAUCAAUCAACCAAAUAUAGUUUUUAGCCCACAAGUUAAAGUACAAACGCCGCAACAGGUGAUGUUUACGUCUGCGAAAAGCGGGCAAGUGAGCGGUGCGCCGUCCAUUUCUCAAGGACACAUCAUGAUCGGAGGUCAUCCGGUGCGGUUACACACAAGCAAUGCCACUAAUACCCAACGAUUGGUGUUGGCUAGUCAGGGUCAAGGGGGCCAAAUCGUGGCGCAACAAAUUCUACUGCCAGCAGGUUUCCAAGGCACUGCCAUUAAUAUUAAGGCCUUGCAAGGCGUCAAAGUGAUACCAAUUGCUCAAGCUGCAGGACAAGGCAAAGGAAUUCAAAGUCGGCAGGUAUUGGCCCAUGUAGUGAAUCCGAGUGCUGUGAAAACUACUGCACAGUCAAGCACUAUAUCAACUGAAAAAGUCUCUGACAUGGCAAUAUCUACGGAAGAGGGAGAUUGUUGAUAAAUUUCUAAUUUGUACAAAGUGUUGAUAGAUAACUUAUUUUGUAGAUCUAAUUUAGGUAAUUAUGAGGAUGAUGCGAUUGUAUAUUUUGAAUUGAUUGUAAUUGGAUAUGUAUAUAAGAUUAUAAUUUAAUUGUGUAAAUAUCAAUUUUAAACCUUUUUAUUACGUUAUUUAUAUGUAUUAACAAAACGAAGUUUUUAUAAAAAAAAAC